UAGCGACCUUUCACUGAGAUUGAACCCUCCCAGCGGCAGCCCCAAGCGCCAUGGCCCGAGUCAUUCUAUGGAGCUCUCAUCGCUGCGCCUCUACGGCCGUCGAGCGCUCGAUUCGAGAGCUAGAGAAAGUCAAAGUCGUGCAUGAGCCGAACUGUAUGGCUUUCUUCGGCGAAGACGGUAGUCUUAGAAAUGUUGAGGAUCCAAUGUUUGAAGCAAAAAGAAACUAUAUCCUGUCCCAAAGCAAACUAAGCCGAAGUGAAAGAUAUGAGCACAUUUUCAUCAAAGAUUUGGCAUACUAUGUUAGGGGCAGUUUUGACGAGUUUAUUCGAGGAGAAUUUGCCAAUUUUACACAUACCUUCCUGAUUCGUGAUCCGACUGCUGUCGCACCGUCCAUACAAAGAGUGUGUAAAGCUCAGGAUGGCGAAGUACCAUUUUUCACCGACACUCUGGGUUUCGAAGAGAUGUACAAUAUGUACGAAACGGUGAAGAAUAAUAGCAACUCGAAACCUUUGAUAAUAGCAGCUGAAGACAUCUUCGAUGCUCCAAGGGAAACGAUGGAGAUGUACUGCAGAGAGACUGGCCUUCCGUUCUCAGAGAGCAUGCUGACUUGGGAGCCAAAGGUGUUCCCUGAAUGGAAGCAAUACCCCAACUAUGAGCUCUGGUUUGGAAGUGUCAUGACUAGUAGUGGAUUUCUGAAGCACACUGCUGGGAAGAUGGGGAAGUCAAGUGAGCCGCUGCUCCCCGAAUUGGAAGUUGCACUAAAGAAAGCAAUGCCGUACUAUGAGAAACUUAAUAGUUUACGAACUGUAUGAUUCAACUGGAAGUAUAACAAUUUUGUGCAAUAAUAGAGUAAUAUUUAUUUAGAAAGAUCACCAAGUGUAAAAAAGGUGUGGCUAUUACUAUGUGCAAGGUUGCAUUGUCUGCAACUGGUGGGUA